UUUAUUGGUUCUACAUUGUAUUGGUUUUUGUUGGUCUCUAAUGGUAUGUAUUGGUUCUAUGUAUUGGUUCUAAUGGAAAAUGGCCCAAAACACACUACAGUGUAUUGGUUUUUGUUGGUCUCUAAUGGUAUGUAUUGGUUCUAUGUAUUGGUUCUAAUGGAAUAUGGCCCAAAACACACUACAGUGUAGUGGUUUUAAUGGUAAAAGCUAAUGGUUCCGAUAGGUAUUUUAAUGGAAACCAAUCGAAUUUUCUGUAAUGGUUUUAUUGUUUUUUUCAGCAGGGUAUAUAUGGUUCUUUCCAUUAUGUUUGUUGUCUGAUGAUGCGAUCUAACUCCUGUCUCCUGUUAGAUCGAAGUAACUUCCUCCUCAACGGGUGGGAUUGUGCGACGUUAGGUCCAGGUGGGUGUAUAGGGCGUGAUUUUCUAAAGCGCUGUUGCACUAUUGGCCUGACACGUCUCGAUUUUGGCCUCGCAGCUGGAGGUCGAAUGCUAUUGGCCAAGUGAGGCCCAUUUGUAGCUCGCACUCACCUGACAGUGCAAAAGCAUCUAGUGAUGCCUCAAUGCAGUUCUUUGUGGGUUGUUUGAAUUCUUUGUGACUAAAUGUCACACAUACAUAGCUAUUCCAAAGUAGGACAGUUCACACACACACAUUUACACUUCUACACAUGAACACACGCAUUCCCUUGAGUCUGCCUGCCAAAGAGCUCUCCCUUGCUUUCACAAGACUUGAGUAUUUCAUUAGUGAGAUAAAACAGGGCUGAGCCCACUGGGGUUGCCAGUUUCACUGAUGAGAGAGAGAGAGAGAGAGAGAGAGAGAGAGAGAGAGAGAGAGAGAGAGAGAGAGAGAGAGAGAGAGAGAGAGAGAGAGAGAGAGAGAGAGAGAGAGAGAGAGAGCGCAAGGGGGUUGUGAUAAACUCUUACAGUGAGAGAGUGCAGAAGUAGCAACAUAAGAUCUAGACAGAGUGAGAACACCAAUACACAACUGUGUUGAAACAAGCAAGCACAGAGCACGAAAGACCCACCACAAAUCCCAGGCUGAUCGCACAAUUAGAGGUGAGUGUGCAUGUGUUUUUAUCUCCCUGCCGGACCAGGCUGAUGAAUUACUCUAGGGCCGGGGACUUGAGCGAAAGUGGGCACGUUUGAAGCUGUCAGAGAAAACACACGAUUGUCUCGUGAAGUGCUUCACGGCUUUGAAGUUUCCCCGGGGCAGCCGCGGGGGACCAAUUUUUUCCCUGCAAGGAAAAAAGGCAAAAGAAGGCCAAAGGCUACGAAUACUGGAGCGGUUCCAACUUCCAAUUCCCCCGGGACAUUUUUUUCCACCUCAGCUUCAAGAAGGAACCACAUGUGAAGACUGAUGGGGCGAGAGCUCGGCAUUGCUCACCAGAGAAUCAACUUGGAUGGAUCACUGACAGCUACACCACUGAGGCUCCACGGCGAGACAGAGGCAAAGAAGCAGAGAGAGGAAAUCUAAAUAAUCUUCAUCCAUUCUCCUUUACUUCAUCUGCCUGGACGUUUAUCUUCUGGACCCCCACCAUAGGACAGCAAGCGUGAAAAAUCUCACUAAUGGGUUCAUUUGCUGUCAGCUCAGCGGCGACCUGUCAUUUCCCAGGACCACUCCGCUUGACACAUUUCAUAGGCGAGUAAGCUUUGCUUUGUUUCUGCUGCCACAGGAGCUUCAACCUCAUUUUGCUGGUUUUUAAGAAGAUCAAGACCAAGCUGAACUAUCAGCCAGCUUAAUUCCCACUGGGUGAAAAGGUCCCUUCAUUACUUUGCCUGUUGAUUUUCUUCGGUGAGGUCAAGCAUAUGAUUUAAAACCCAGGAACACUUGCUCUGUAUUCCUGACCAAGAACUUCCUGCAGUGGGAACAACAAGAGGAGAUUUUUCACGGGAUAGCAGUCUCCAGACUGGUGGGGUGAAGAUGCGGUUCUGGCUGUUAGCUUUAGUGACGGCAGUGCUCUGGAGUCAGUGCAUCCUUCUAGGAUGGGCUGAGGGCAGGAAGGCACGUAAGAAGCAGAAGGAGCUCAGUCCACAACACACUGAAACAUUCAACACCACCAUCUCCAACAGUGAGGAACAGGAUGACAGUGUUAAGGUCAGUGAGAACCAGAGAGUGGACCCUCUUGGAUCAUGGUUGGAUUUCGUGAAGAGACCUGUGGGCAACUUUCCCGGAAAAUGCAGAAAGCGAAAACGACCACUGCCUGGUCCACCGGGCCCUCCCGGUCCUCCAGGGCCUCAGGGACCUCCAGGAUCUCCCGGGGCAGAGGUCACUCAAGAGGUCCUCCUGCGAGAGUUCAAAGAAAUGAUCAAAGAGGCCACAGAGAGGCGAGCUGCAGUGGACAAGCCCAACCAACCCAGUCAGCUGCCCACAACUCUUAUUACUUUAGAGGGCAUGACCUCGUUCAGAAGAAUCGAAGAAGCGUUUCACUGCAAACUCAGAGGACCUGUAGUCGUCGACAAGAAAACUCUGACAGAGCUGCAAAACUUUCAGACGCCUCCUGCCAAAGGUGCCUUCCUCAGAGGGACGGGAAUGGAUCAGACCACUGGACGAUUUACAGCUCCUGUAACUGGAAUUUAUCAGUUCUCUGCCAAUGUUCAUAUUGACCACACUGAGGUGAAGAAAAGUAAGAACCAGCUGAGAGCCAGAGAUAAUGUGAGAGUUUUGAUCUGCAUUGAAUCACUCUGCCACAGAUAUACAUCAUUGGAAAUGAUUGUUGGUCUUGAAAGUAACAGCAAGAUAUUUACAGUGUAUGUCCAUGGGCUGCUCGAACUUCAGGCUGGGCAGUACACCUCCAUAUUUGUGGACAAUGCAGCUGGAGCAUCUAUCACAAUACAGAAUGGUUCAGAUUUCAUGGGCAUGUUGUUGGGGGUAUAGCCUCGCUUAUAUCCUCGCCUAUAUCUGGCGAGCCACAUAAGACUGCAAUGCUGCUCUUUGGACUGUCACUCAGCAUCAUAUCUCUUCAUACGAGUGCUGUUGCCUGUUUAAACUUCAUGAAAGAGCAAUGGACAUGAAAACCCACAAAGCUACUAGAGGCGAAAACAGUCGGAUGCAAUACUGAAAGACUUGACAGAGGACAGUGGAUUCAUAUCUGCCUUGACUGUGCCAUUUACAGUGAAUUUUUUCUUGCGUCCUGUGUUUAUACAGAAUGGUACCAACCAGACCGUAUUUUGUGAUAUACUUAUAUAGAUAUAUAUUAUAUUAUAUAUUUUGAUCCUGUAUAGCUCAGUGGUAGAGCAUUGCGUUAUCAGCGCAAAAGAUCAUGGGUUCGAACCCAUAGUGAUAAAAAAUGUAUGUGUUGUAAUGGAAUUCAAUGUAAGUCACUUUGGAUAAAAGUGUCUGCCAAAUGCAUAAAUGAUAUAUAAGAGAUUUUUGUACCUAGAUAUUGGUGCACCAUGUCAGCGCCCUAUUCCUAGUCAAUAAUGUUUAUAUACACAAUUUGUUUUUAUAUAUGGUGAAAGGUUUCAUACACCCCAAGAUGGGUUUAUCUAUGGGCUUAAAGGUCUAAUAUGUUUUGAAGGUGUAACACAAACGCACACCUUCUAUUGUGCAUACGUGACUGUAUUGUGUAUUUCUAAAUAUCAUAAGCUAGACAACGUUUUAUUUACUAUACAGAUCCAAAAAGCGUGUUUGAGAGCUGUACUAUUCAUAAACAACAGAUUUUCCAUUACGUUUGGCCAAAAGAAGGAAUCAAGCACUUGGAAAAAGAAACAAAGAAAGAAAACAAUAAGCCCCGAGGAUCAGUCUGUUUUUAUGUCCAGUGGGUAAAACUCCUAGACAAUAAUGCUGAUCCGAAUGUGUGCUUGCGAAGCUAUCAUGAUCCAUUAGACAUGUUAAGUUCCUGCUGAGUUUUCAUUUUGUGUACUGUUAAAUACAUCAUCUGUUUUUUUACAUCUCAAACUUUUCUUUAUUUCCCCAGCUUAUUUUAAAAGUGAUUUCAUCUUUAGGAUGCACAUAUAUUCGCAUGUACAAUUAAAAAAAAAUACAGAUUAUUUAUGUUUUAAUGUAUCUGCCAAUUAAAAUAGAUUUAUUUUUUUUAAAACUAGUUUCUAGGCUUCCAAUAGAUCUCAAUACAAGUGAAUAUAUAUGAAGCAAGACAGCUUAAACCUUUGCUUUCCAGUAUCUUGUAUUGUGGUGUAAUGGAAAUAAACUGUAUUCAAUAAAUAUAAAGGAUAUCUAUUUACCUGGGCCUACCUGCGGUUGACUCGAAAUGAAUUUAAUGGGCUUUGAAAUUCUGCUAGCAUUUUAAUUUUCUGCUCAAUAAAGCAGGAAGGACAGAAUUCCAAUGCUUUUAGUUUUACUGUAACUGCACUGUAGCUGCAGCGCCUGGAAAAUAUUCCAUGCAGUAGUGUGGAAAAUGCUUCUUUGCAUCAUUUCCAUUGUAAAUAAUCCAGGAUAACUCAAAUACCUUUGCAUGCCAAAUAGACUGAUGGUGGCAUGCCACCUGGGCACACUGGAAAGUAAUUUCGAACAUUUAAGUGUAAUUUAAUUG